AUGGUUCAUCACUUGAACUCUGAAUAUUCUGUGCUUAAUAAUGCGCAAAAUCUAACAAAUGUUUGCUAUAGAAUUAUUCCUUCUUCCAUUACCUCUAAUGGCAUGUUUGGAGAGGCUAAAUUUAUUCAUUUUUUGAAGUAUUCUUUACCGCUUUUAGAGCUUCAGAUUGGUCUCAUUUGUAUUUUGAACCAUACUAUACAUUUCUUCCUCAAGCGUUUUGGAAUUACUGAACUUGUCUCGCAAAUUCUUACGGGGAUAAUACUUGGUCCAACAAUUCUUGGAAGAUUUGAUUUUAUGAGAAAAGUCAUAUUUCCUCAUGAGAGUCAAGAUUUAGUAUUUAUGUUAGCAUAUUUUGGAUUUAUACUUUAUGUGUUCAUAACUUUUGCAAAAUUGGAGGUUGGAAAAUUACUAAGAACAAGCAGAUUGGUGAUAUUCAACGGUUUAGGAAAUGUCAUAUUACCUUUAUUCCUUGGCCUGGGUCUCACAGGACUUCAUAGAAAAAAAUUAAAAAAGUUAGAUGAAGCUACAAAUGUAGCUAUCCUGCAAUGUUUCUCUACAUUUUCCAUCAUAGCAAAUGUUCUCGAAGAGCUCAAGAUUUUAAAUUCAGAGAUCGGCAGAUUAGUAUUAUCUUCAGCAUUGGUCGGUGAUAUUUUAGGCAUAGCUCUUUUGAGUAUAGUUACACCACUUAUGCUAAAAGUCCCAAUACAAAAUGUCUUCAUCGACAUUUGGGCAGUUGUUGCCUUUAGUAUUGCCGCGGCCUUCGUAUUCCGCCCUAUAAUGCUGUGGAUAAUUAGAAAAACUCCUCAAGGUUCACAUGUUGAUUCCGCCUACAUUUUUGUUAUCAUGGCAGUAUUGUUUCUAUCUACAGCUUAUUUCCAUUAUUUCCACCAGUACCGGAGCAUAGCGUCGGCUAUCCUUGGGUUUGCUGUCCCUGCCGGUCCGCCUUUAGGAUCUGCUUUGGUAGAAAAAUUCGAAACUGUGACAAUUAAAGUCUUUGUGCCGGUUGGUGUGGUUCAAGCAAUAAUGAGAACUGAUCUAACCCUAAUUUUUACUAAUUUUCUAGGAAUGGAGUUCUACCAGAUUUUGGGUUUAUUGAUUUUUGGAUCCAAGUUUGCUCUAUCGAUGUUAGCUGCAUUGCAUUCAAAGAUACCGUUGAAUGAUUCAUUUUUAUAUGCCGCAGUUAUGAAUUGCAGAGGCAUAGUUGACAUACGCAUGAAUUUGAACGCAAGAGACAUUGGGUUGAUAGGGGAUGGGGCUUAUGCGUUCUUAACAUUUGGCGUCUUUAUUAGCUCCGCUUUUGCUUCAAUAAUUACGAAAUUUUAUUAUGAUCCAUCCAAAAAAUAUGGGGGCUAUCAGGCAAGGAACAUUAUGAGUUUAAAGCCGAAAUCACACCUCCGAAUUCUUUCAUGUAUUCACAAACCUGAUCAUGUACCUUCAGCAAUAAGUCUGCUUGAAGCUUUUCAUCCAACUAAAGAUAGACCAAUUGAUAUUUGUGUCAUUCAUCUGAUUAAAUUAAUCGGUCGAGCCACACCAGUCCUCACUUCCCAUCAAAUGCAGGGCCUCAUAACAGAUCCACAAUCUCAAAAUGUAGUCAUUUCAUUUGCUCAGUAUCAAGAAAAUAAAUGUGAUUGCAUAUUUGUCUCUACCUUUACAGCAAUGAAUAAACCCAAGAUGAUGAAUGAAGAUAUUUCGACACUUGCACUUGACAAGCUCACGUCCCUUAUACUACUUCCGCUUCAUCGACAAUGGUCUAUACAUGGACAAAUACAAUCCGAAGAUCAGGAUAUACGGAUUGUAAACAAUAAAAUUCUUGAAAAAGCUCCUUGUUCUGUAGGUAUAUUUUUCGACCGUGGAAAAUUUGGACAACCAUUUUCAAUGGCGGCAACACCAAGGCCAUCUCUUUCUAUAUGUAUGAUUUUCUUAGGAGGUGGAGAUGAUCGGGAGGCAUUGUCUUUAUCUAAACGUAUUGUUAAGGAUUCGAGAACACAUCUAACAGUCAUUCAUCUUGCACACGAGGGUUUAGACAUGGAGUUCAAUGAGGAUGAUGAUUUAAUCAUCGACUCUUGGGCAAUAAAGGAUUUGAUCAAAAAUCAAACUGAGUCUUUAUCAAAUAUUGAUUAUAAGAAGAAAAUAGUAAAAGAUGGACCAGAAACUGCGCUGAUACUUCAUUCCAUAGUAGAUGAGUAUGAUCUUUUUUUACUGGGAAGACGCCAUGAUAAAAAAACACCUCAAAUAUUAGGUUUAUCAGAAUGGAUCGAGCUUUCAGAACUGGGAGUUAUUGGGGAUUUGCUAGCUUCUGAUGAUCUUAAUACUAAAGCUGCUGUUUUGGUGGUGCAACAACAAAAACAAAUUAGAUUUGGUAGCUAG